AACUUGUUAUUUUUGGCUAUUUGUUUUUACUUUGUUAAGUUUCUAUUUGCUUCUUCAACCUUCUAGAGCCUUCUGUAAUUUAUUUUGAUAUCUUACCUACCUUUGUUUCUUGAAAAAGUUAUUAGCUGUGCAAUUUUGCUAAAUCUGCUUGCAGCUUUGAAACAAGGAGAAAGAAGAUCCAAAUAGCUGAAAUGGAGGGAAGAGCAGCAACAAGAUAUUGGUGUCACCAUUGCUCAAGGAGGGUGAACCCUGUGGAGUUAAAGUGUCCCAUUUGUCAAGAAGGAUUUAUUGAAGAAAUGGGAUCAAAUAAUAGUGCUCUUGAAAAUGAGAGCCCUUUAGAUUUUGGAGGGUCGGAUUCUGAUCGUGCCCUCUCACUUUGGGCACCUAUCUUGUUAGGCAUGAUGAGUAGCCCUCGUCGUCGUUCUAGACUUAGGCAUCUCGAAAUUGAUGAUGAUGAUGAUGACGACGACGAUGAUCAUACUCGUGAAGGCGAUGAUCCAGAGCGGAGGAGGAGGAACUCUGCCACAAUUCUCCAGCUCUUGCAAGGUAUUCGAGCUGGAAUGGAGAAUGCUGAGGGUGAAAACAGGGAGACAGGUAGAGAGAGUACUAGGGAUCGCGAGCAUGUCAUACUUAUAAAUCCAUUCAAUCAAACCAUCAUUGUGCAGGGUUCGGAUAAUAAUAAUUCCAGGAACCAACCUAUUGGCUCAUUGGGUGAUUAUUUCAUUGGUCCUGGUUUAGACAUGUUACUGCAACAUUUGGCUGAGAAUGAUCCAAAUAGGUAUGGUACACCACCAGCUCAAAAGGAGGUUGUAGAGGCGUUGCCUGAGGUGACAAUUGAUGAGACGUUGCAGUGUUCUGUUUGUUUGGAAGACUUUGAUAUUGGGACUGAAGCCAAAGAGAUGCCUUGUAAGCACAAAUUUCAUAGUGGCUGUAUCUUACCAUGGCUGGAGCUUCAUAGCACAUGUCCAGUCUGCAGGCAUCAGUUGCCCUCUGAUGAAUCAAAAGUUGAGUCUGCUGGAUCCAAUGGUGGAAGUGGUAACACAAAUGCUCAGAGUAGUGAUGGUAAUGGCACAAGGUAUGAAAAUGAGGAUACUAGGAAUGAAAACGGGCGAAGGUUUCCACUUCCGUGGCCUUUGAGUGGCCUGUUUUCAUCCUCAAACUCAGGUAUCCAAUCUAGUAAUGCAAAUUCGUCAGCAACGACGUCUUCAUCAGGAAAUGCAAACUCCAAUGCUCAUAUGCAUGAGGAUUAAAUUUCAUCAUAGUGAGUUUGUGCUCGAUGAUGCACGGAUUUCCUUUGUCCUAGCUUAUGUACAUAGAGUGGUACUUCCUAAAUUAUGGUAUUGCAAACAAUGGAUCCUGUCUUGCCUGCCUGUAUUAUAUUGAGGAUCAUUUUACUUUUGUUAGACUAGGAGCCUUUCAAGGUGAACGACUCUCUUCUGUUUGUAUAGCUUUAAUUAUGCGAUCUUCGUACACUUUUUGGUUGACUGUUCCCGAAAAGCUCAACUCUGAAAUCCUUUAAGCUAAUGGAAUGACAAUGGAUGAUGAAA